GGUUUGUCAGUUCAGAUGAGAUCGCGCGUCCAAAAUAGCAACUUCACUUGCAAUCUCUGCGCUGGCGUUGUAGAUCGAAGGCACUAUUUCGUCAAUGCAAGGGAUGACUGCUAAACAAAUUCUUGCCUCACACAUAAUUUUUUGGACUUGGGAACCGGCAGAGGAACUCAAAAGUAUGCAUGUAGGCAAACUGGCAAAAAAGGAAAAAAUGACCAUUCAAGGAUCUCCCGGAAAGCACUGUGAAUUUCCUAAUAAGGUUUGUAUUGGACGCUUUUGGCCUACCGGACAAAGAACUUCUACAAUUUGCACAAGAAUGCGACAAAGUCGUCAAAGAAGAACCGGCCCAGGACAGGACGUGAGCACUGACUUGAACAUCAUCGAAAAAACGGACGCCGACAUUGCAGUAACCGAUGCGAACGACACACAUCAGUCCAAUUCCAGUUGUUUUUUGUCAAGUGUUCUCUCGAUGUAGUUUAUUUGAUUUUGCGCUGAUGUAGAUUUUUCUGUACCAUGAAGUUUUUAAUAAAUACUAUG